UAUUACUUUUACUAAGAUAAUUUAAUAGCUUUCAUAAUAUGAGUACUUUUAUGAAAUCCAUGCACUCCAUAAUUUACGAUAGAUAGAGUGUUUCAACGUAGUUUGAUCUGUUGAUUGUGUACCGAAGUCUGAUCAUGGACAGUGAGGUGCAGAGAGAUGGAAGAGUUCUCGAUCUCACAGAUGAUGCCUGGAGAGAAGACAGACUGCCAUAUGAAGAUGUCACAAUCCCACUGAGUGAACUUCCAGAAGCAGAGCAAGACAACGGCGGAUCGAACGAGUCCGUCAAAGAGCAAGAGAUGAAGUGGUCAGAUCUCGCCCUGCAGAGUUUGCAUGAAAACACCCCUAACAUUGGUACUUAGAUGUGGAGAUGCUGUUCAUUUAUCUUUUCGCUAUGUGGGUCACUGAUACAAGACUUAUGAUGCAAAAGACGAUUUUCUUAUGAUUACGUGCUACUGUGAUUUGCAUUCAAUGUGUUUUUGAUAUUAAAGAAUAAAUAAAAAAAAUAAAAAAUUUUUUUUUAAA